UCGCCCUCUUUAUAUACUAAUACUUCCCGCCGAAACUGCGCCUCUUCGGCGGUCGAUCACUCCCUGACCUAUCACGGGUUCGAUCUCCCUCAUGCCACAGCAGCAUUUUGGGCGAAUUUCCUUUGUUAUCAGUAUACAAGGCUAGAGAAGAGAAUGUACACUUUUUGUCGCUGCCAUCUAAUUUCAUACUUUAAGGCUGGAACUAUCAUGCUCGUAGACUUAUGUAGCCGCAAAUGUGUUGCUGAACUAAGUGCUCCGCAAAGCAUACAUGAAGUGGAAAUCUUGCAAAAUGAUGACAGUAGCGAUGUUCUUCUUACAAGCUUCACAGGAGCACAAUGGAUUAUCCCCCUCGAAAAUGGAAGUCGUAGCGUAACAGAAGUGCUUACGGCGUGUAUUCCAUCAGAAUUCAAAAAAGUUGAACCUCCUACAUCGCAUCUCAAUUUAUCCACUGAGGGCAUCACAAUUUUGGAUACUGGUGGAAGUUUCGUUGAACUACACUCUGAUUUACCAUCACUCGCUAGUGUACCUAGAAAGCGCUUCAAAGUACCUCCUGAUACUUGGUUGAUACACUACACCGAUAGCGUUCUCUUCGCGGUCUCAAAGCAGUCUGAAGUGCGAAGUGCAGUGCAUUUUGGAGUGAUGCGGUUAGAGUUUUCAAUAGUGAAAGGAGCGUGUGAAUGGCGACCGUUAGGAUUUGUGCCACUUUCUCAUCGAGCUGCUCGUCUUCCAUCUUGCCUGAUCAUCAAUGAACGCGGCCUGAUCCGAAUUGCGCAGAACUCUGCUAGGUAUGAGCGAAUCAUUUUAAAAAUUUCGCGCGGAAUCAUAUUUCGUGAGCUGUUAAGCAUUUUUCAGCGCAGUGUAAUUCCUACUCUAUUGUCAGCACGUCGAGGAAAGACUCUCUCGCCUGCGGAUCUCGCUCGUCUCCUUUCGAUGGCCAAAACAGCAGAGAUUCUGCGGAUUCUAGAAACUGACAGUCGCUCGCCUCUGCGGAAACGUGUUGUUGAGCUAUAUGUACGUCGAAGUGAGUCCUUAACGACACAUCUAAACGAGGAUGCGAAUCAGAUUUCUGAAGCACGUCUGGGUAUCGACAAUGAACUGAGCGCUUUUCUAUCCCGACAUGUCGACGUGGACGAAGGGGCGAAAAGUUGCGCUGAGGUUCAGCUAUGGAGGAGUGCGACGUUACUUGCAUCGCGACGUAGAGCGAGUCAGGUUGAAGUUCUUCGUGUCUUAAUUAAAAACGGUUCGAAGUCUUGGUCUUCUGCUGUGCCUUCUAUGAGAUCCUUGAUGAUGUCGUGCGCCGCCAACCUUGAAUGGGGUGAACUGAGCGAUCAGGAAAUCGGUGCACUGGUUUCCUUACUGUGUGACUGGCAAGCGGCAUUGAAUUCCAUUGCUCAUCAUGAAACUUGCCUCAGACUGGCAUUAACUUAUAUUUUCCCGAAGCAUUGUUCUAUCCUUUACCUUGUUUCUGCUAUGUACAUUAUUAGUGAUAAAGCUGCCUGGACGCAGGUCAGUAGUGCAAAUAUCAGUUGUGGUAUGAAUGGUUCUGCUGCAAUUACGGCAGAAGGCCAACUGAUCAUUUGGGGAGACUUCACAAAUCAACAAAAUAAACCAUUCGAAAAUCUAGCAAGUUUGAAACGUUCACGCACUCAACAGUUGCCUCACCCGAUACACGUGGAGGGUCGUCCAAGAGUUGUUUGUUGUGGUGCGGAACAUGUUUUAGUGCUUACCAGUUGCGGAGUCGGUCAUUCGCUGCCAUUGAUUGAAGGCGGCUGGGGUGCAGUUCGUGCUUUAUCUGCCGGCCAAUUCCACUCGGCCAUUCUGAACACAAGUGGAGAAGUAUGGACUUUCGGAUGGGGUGUGUGGGGACAGCUUGGGUUAGGAGGACGCCAAAUCAAGGACUGUUUGGUACCUACGAAGGUGGAACCAAUAAAAGAAGUUAGCUGUGGACGUGUACACACUGUUCUUCUCACAGUCUCUGGCAAAGUUCUAGUUGCUGGAAAUGGCAGUUAUGGGCAACUGGGUACCGACGAGGACGUCAGAAAGCAAUACGACUUCCAUCUUUUACCCGUGGAUCCAAGCUUGAAGUUUGUAAAGAUCGUAACCGGCUUUUAUCUGUCUAUCGCUAUUACGGAGGAUGGGCGUAUAUUCGAAUGGGGCCGCAAUCCACAAGAAGUAAAAAUGCGCAUGUUUGUCACGAGACGGCUUCGUAUGGCGCAGUUGAAAAGAAUUGGGAUUCCUAACAUGGAAAAACCGAAGAUUCUUUUGCCAAUGGAUACUCCACGUGAUGAUCUAGGUGUGAGAGAAGUGUUACACCUACUUGAUGGACAGGUGGUCGAUGCCUCUGCGGGCCUUUCUCAUGUUGCAGUUGUCACCGAUCAAGGGUCGUUGUUCACGUGGGGAAAGGGUCUUGAUUUCCAACUCGGACAUGGCAAUAAAACGGAGCGCAGCGAACCGCAUAUUUUGUUCGAUCCUCGUGAUGUAAAAUGGAAGCUUGUAGCGUGCGGUGGGAACCACACUAUUGCCGUGUCAAAAGAUGGUCGAACGUUUGGUUGGGGUCGAAACGAUUAUGCUCAAUGUGGCGUACCAUCAGACAAAACUCCAUCCAUAACCAGAAAAUAUUUCUAUCAGCCCCCGAAGGACGGAGCUGCGAAACGAUGUGUUUCUCUGCCUGAUGACGCGUCUUUCGUUGUUAAGCCAACGUUGAUUCCGGAGGUUGAACUUCGAUUCCACGACGAGGGUUCGUUAGGUUUCAGAGGCCCCUAUGUGGACCCAGCUCUUCGCUCUGUUGCUAGCUUGGCUUGGGAAGUUGUUGCUAACCAUGAAGACUGCCAGUCGAAGUCAAUUCUCGCGGCUGCAUUCAAGUACUUGCCCAUAACGAACACACAGAAACGCAACAGCCAAUUACGGAGAUUAUGGCCCAUGGUGUGGGACGAACCUGGCGUACAAGAUGCUCUGUCAGCGGAUGAAAAGCUUGACAUCCUGGAAACAUGGGUAGCUCCAACGAAAUCAGGGAAUCUUCUUGAGGAAUUAGAAAUUUCAUAUCAGAUCCCUGUAUGGGCUAGAUGUAGUCAUGUUGAACCAGCUGUCGUUGGUGUACCUGCUUCGGAUUGCAGUGCAUGUGCUGAAGAGUGGGCCGACAUGAUUCGAACCACACUGGGCAAUGAAAGUGUUGGUCGAUAA